ACCCAUAAUUAUUAUAAUAAUAUCUAUAAUAUUGUGUAUUGAGUAUUAAGUUAUCUUCUCUGUGUUGUACAUUAGUUAUGAUAUUUUUUAUGAUAACCAAAAUUUAUUAUUUUUGACUUUCUUAAAAACAUUUAAUAAGUUUUAAAGAAGAAAUGUUCAUAAAAUCACUUUGCUCGUUAAAUACUACAUGGUGCCGGAAAAUAUUUUUAUACAACAGAAUAUACAAGACCAACCUAGCAACGUUCAAAUUAUAUUGUACAAAUCUUAAACCAACUUGCAACAUUGGUACAAUUGGGCAUGUUGAUCAUGGAAAAACUACACUGACAGCAGCCAUCACCAGGGUCCUUGAAAAGGAUGGUCUAUCACAAUUUGUAGCAUAUGAUGAAAUCGAUAAGGCUCCUGAAGAGAAAGCUAGAGGUAUAACUAUAAAUAUAGCACAUGUCGGUUAUGAGACGUUAAAGCGUAAAUAUGCUCAUGUCGACUGUCCUGGCCAUGCUGAUUUUGUCAAAAAUAUGAUCAUUGGAGCAUCUCAAAUAGACUGUGCUAUUUUAGUAGUGGCUGCUACGGACGGUUCAAUGCCUCAAACUCGAGAACAUUUGCUAUUAAUUAAACAAGUUGGCGUACAACAUGUAGUAGUAUACAUUAAUAAAUGUGAUAUAACAGAAAAUGAUGUUAUUGAACUUGUUGAACUUGAGAUACGAGAACUAUUAACAGAUUUUGGUUUUAAAGGACAUGAAAUUCCAUUUAUUUUUGGUUCAGCACUUCUUGCUUUAAAAGGAGACACAUCCGAAUUAGGAGAACAAUCUAUACGAAAAUUAAUGGAUGUAAUUGACAAUAAUAUACCAACUCCAAAACGUGAUUUUACUUCUCCAUUUCUAUUGCCAAUAGACAAUUGCCUAUUAGUACCUGGCCGAGGGGCUGUUGUUAUAGGCACAUUAAAAAGAGGAACUGUUUAUAGAAAUGAUAAAGUUGAAUUGUUAGGAUUUGAUGAGAAAAAAAUAACGAGUGUUAGUGAUAUCCAUGUGUUUAAAAAUUCAGUAGCAAGUGCUAAAGCGGGAGAAAAUAUUGGUAUAUUGUUGAGAGGGCUAAAGCCAAAGUUUGUGCGUAAGGGUAUGAUAUUAUGCCCUAUUAAUACUUUGCAACUGAACAAUCGUUUUAAAGCAACAAUUUAUUUUCUUUCACGUUCUGAGGGUGGACGGUCUAAACCAAUCACGUCCAAUUACCAACAGCAACUAUUCAGUCAUACAUGGAACAUUUUUUGCAGAAUUGAUUUGGAUUCAUCAGUGUCUAUGUUAAUGCCUGGAGAACAUGCUGAAGUUAAAAUAACUUUAUUGAAUAAAAUGAUUAUGGAUAUUGGACAACCGUUUACUGUACGAGAAAACGGAAGAACAGUAGCUACUGGUAUUAUUAGUGAAAUUUUAUCAAAUGUAAAUGUACUUAAAAACAAUUUAAGUAAGAUAAAUUCAGAAAGCUAAUAAAAGUGAUACAAAAUUUUGCCACUA